AUGGCAGGGCUGGGGCCGGCCGCGGAGUCGCGGCCGCUGCUGGUGAAAAUCGUGAUGGCCGGAGAGUCCUGCGUGGGGAAGACCUCCAUCGUGCGCAGGUACACGGAGCCCGGCUCGCCUCCCGCCGGCUCUCCCGCCACUUCGUACUUGGCCACGAUCGGCAUUGAUUUUAAAGUAAAGCCAGUAAUGUUUAAUGAUACAAGAGUGAAACUUCAAAUAUGGGAUACUGCUGGCCAGGAACGGUUCCAUACACUUAGUACCAGCUAUUUCCGCGGUGCACAAGGCUUUGUUCUCGUAUAUGACAUCACAAAUCUGAAGAGUUUUCAAAGUAUAACAAUCUGGAUAAAUGACAUAUAUGAGAAAGCAGGUGAUGAAGUGGACGUAAUACUGUUGGGCAACAAGUGUGAUAAGGAGUCAGAGCGGGUAGUUCCAAAACAGAAAGGAGAAAAGCUUGCUUGGGAAUACGGAAUGCCAUUUUUUGAGACCAGUGCUAAAGAAAACGUGAACAUCGAGGAUGCAUUCUCAGUCUUGACUAAGGAAAUCCUGGAAAAGAAAUCCGGUGUAUUACAUGACUUAGACGUUGUAUCUCUAAAUGAAACUAAGAAGAGAACCUGCUGUGCAUUCUAAAAUACUGUUUCUUAUUCAGUUUUCUCUUCAGGAAAUAUCAAGUGUUACAAAGGAACAUAUAAGAUUUUAAAAGUGAGCCUGCAAUCCAAAAAUACAGUGUUUAAGCAUUACACAGACAUUGUCACCAAAUUUUUUUAUAUGUUUAUAUUAUAUUUUCAUAUUUUUAAUGUGAAGAUAAAACAGCUAUCUGAUUUAGGAAUUAUUAGGUGCUUUACAGGGUGACAGUGCUUGAAUGUAAAUGUUUGCAGAAAUGAAGUCUUAAGUGUACUAAUUUUCUGUUAUUAAAAAAAUACCCUUCA